AUGGAGUCCACCAAUGAACAGAAGCCACGGCACAAGUGGUUGGUCGGACAUCGGCAUUUGCUUUGCCUCUUCUCUAAGCUCUAUGGUAACAACAUAGAUGACAUCACGCGCAUCCUGAACCAUAUACUUGCUAAGGAGCUUAGUGCUGAAGGUUUUGACGCUGGCAUGCCUACUUCAACUGUGCGAGGGCAACUACUGAAUAUAAAGCAAGGCGCCUCAGGCUACGACGUCUGGCAAAAGGUUGUCUUGAAUCCCAGCAUUGCUGAGGCACGCAAGACAUUCCGCGAUGGCCGCGACGCCAUUGAAGAUGCUGCGCUCGCUUUGGGCAUCAGUUUGCACCUUCGAACAGAGGAGGUUGACAGCUUGAAACCGCAUGGGAAACGCUUAGGCAAGCGAGGGAGGAAGAUCCAAGAACUUCGAGGCGUGCUCGGAGACAUCAUUUCUUCUGACGACGAUUCGGAAAGCAAUCUGCAAAGCCCUCGAAACAGGCGAAGAAGAUCCCCCAGCAUAGACACUUCUCCAGUGACCCCAAGUAGACAAGGCCACGGCCAGCUUUUGACCCCCAUGUCGCUUCAAUCUGGCGUUAAUACACCUGGAGUUUUGAGCGAGAGGUCUUCUGCAAAGAGAAUAGCCACUAACGCUAGACGAGUUACAACGACUCCAAGAAAAGCUACAACCAAGUCCCAGGACCUUCCCAGCCUGGUUUUCCGAUGGUACAACGAUAGAAGUCAAGGCCUCAAUACAGAAACAGAGCUAGUAGCUGGAAAAUUCCUUGACCAACCCCAGGAGAUACCUCCUCCAGAGUGGGCGUUGGAGGCAGUGACAAAUCACCUGAUCCCACACAAGCUGCCUUCACCAUUCAUAUCAUUCAGGGAGAGUUUACGACCAUGUCUUUUCCGUGCGCUCAAAGCCGGUGUGGAAACAAAUCCUUGCAUAACGAUCGUGGAUCUACAGAAAUUGAAGGACGUAACCGGCCGGAAAUGGGGAAAAUAUGAAGCUAUAAAAGCUUCCCCCGAUCUCGUGAGACACUUUAAUCUCACUUUGGGCCGGAAAGGCACAUAUACAGGCGGCGGAGAAUGGCUUGUGUAUGGCAAAAUUGAGAAGGAAGCCAUCAUCGCGACCAUUAACAUCAGAGAUUUCAAUUACUACGAGAAGCGCAUACCACUCUUAGCGCAAAUCCUGCAGCUCGAUCUUGUUCGGUCUGCUCCAACGGCUCGUAUACUUUCGUUCAAGAUGAGCGAGUCCCCAGCGGACAUGACUUGGGACUCUGGAGUUGCCGUGGGCUCACUUAUGAACUAUCUUCGGGUUCCGGCCGAGUGUUGGAAGGACGUUGGGGACAACAUUGUAGAGUCCUGGGCAUUUCGUGGUUGGAGGCGGCGACGGUUCGAUCAAGGCUAUGAAGCAUACAUGAAUGGAAUAAUGUACGCCAAAGACAAUCCUGACAACCUGCUUGAUGUUGAAGAUGCUGCAAGAGCUGGCAACAGAGAUGUUGUGAAAAUAUCCGGUGUGCGCAGUACUAUCAUGGGCGAGCACACCAGUCAGCUGCAGGGCGUAAGCCCAGAACAAGAGCAAGAGCUGAUCGAUGCUCAGCUACAUGCAGAGCUAGCCUCUUUUCUGUGGGACUCUGGUAGUCCUCAUGAAGGCAUUCCUGGUUCCACCAACCGAACUGUGAUUGCGAAUAGUUUUAGAAACCGUGACGCUUCUACUCGACCUCGAGCCGAAUCUCAACAGAGAACUACGACAGCCCGCUUCGCACGACCUAGGAGCUCGUCUCUGUUCACCUUCCCAAGACCUACUAUCCCCAGCCCAGCAACAGAUUGGGAGGAAUCAAACAGCAGAGAUGUAUCACCAGCAGCAACUGAACGAUCUGCCCUCGAUACCUUCACUACAGAACUUCUUGCCAAAGCUGAAGAGUGCUCCACAGUUGGAUCUUUUGGUCGCAGAUCAACCACUACACAAUUACCGUCAGAAGCUCAAGUAUCCCGAGAAGAAGAAUAUAGUGCAAGGGAGAAGUCGCCAGAGAAUGUUUUGGAUGAAGACCUUGUUGUUAUUGAUCUUUGUUCAGACAACGAUGAUGAUAGUGUGGAACUUGAGAUUAAGAAGAAGAAGAAGAAGAAGAAGAAGAAGAAGAAGAAGAAGAAGAAGAAGAAGAAGUGUGUGAUGGCAUCGAGAAAGCAUCAAGAACGUGAAAGGCAAAUUUUCCAUAGACCAAAGAAGGAAAAGAAGCGGGAAGAGCCAGAGACUGGUGGGUGCAGAUUCGAUUGUGCAGAUUCCAGGGACACCGUCGAACAUCCGGAAAGCUAG